UUCCCCUAUUCAUUUCCCACCAACAAAUUCCCGGCGAGAGAGAGAGCGAGGUGAAACCAGUACAGGAAAUAAACCAAUAAAUCAAGAUAUUUACGAAAAUAACCUUGUAGCAGCUGGCGCUCUUGACUCCUAUAAAGCUGCUCCGCACCAGACACGAGCAAAGUCCCCAACGAUCGCAACGAGGAAACAGUUGUUUGGGGCUCUGAAUUGUGAAAAGGGAAGGUAUAAUAGAAGAAAUUAAAGAAAGAGUACAAAAGAAGAGUGAUUAUUUGGGAAAUAAUUGAAUGACUUGAAAUCUGGCAGACUGACCUUCAUCAGUUUGCGAAAGAUGACUGAAGAGAAUCAACGAAACGAAUCUACUGCUCCGGAAAGUGCCCUUCCUGUGAAGCGCGGGCGUGGCCGGCCCCGGAAGGAUGACUAUGUGUACCAUGGUGAGAAGUCAUCGGACCUGCCUGGAUCUGAUGGAGCAAAGAAAACCCGAUGCCAAAAUAUAGAUUCAACUGCAGAUGAAGACAGUGCAUUUGUUGGUCAGAUAGUUUCAGGUGUUCUGGAUGGGUCGUUCGAUGCUGGAUAUUUGCUAACUGUGAAAGUUUGCAAAACCGACACUGUUUUGAGGGGUGUGGUUUUCGAUCCACGGCUAUCUGCUCCUAUAUCAGCAGAAAAUGAUGUGGCCCCACAUGUUAAGAUGUUUAGGAGAAGCAAAAUUCCCCUUCCAAUUGCUGCUAAACCACUGAAUCAGGUGCCCCCUGUCAUGCCCCAGAAGGAAGUAAAGAACGAUCAGCCUGCAAAUCCUCUUCAGUGCAAUGUUGCCAUUCUGCAAUCAGAAGGAUCUGUGAGAGGGCCACUGGAUGAGACCAAUGAUAUUCUUCCUCAAGCUGCACCGCAAGGCUCUUCACAACCCAAGGCUACCCUUCCAAAAGGAUGGCCAGAUGGUGUUGAUCGGGCGGUUCUUGUUGCCCCUCAAGUCCACACGUCUCAGAUUGAGAAAGGAAAGUCAGCCAACAUAUUGCCCAAGGGCGAGAUUAUCCUUUUGCCUGACAACCGGGUUGUGGCGCAGGCCUCACAAUCAGAACUUAAGAAUCAAGCAACGGUUGAGAUGUUGGCUCCACUUUCAGAACCCAAAACUGAAAACUGGUCCACAGCAUCGCAGGAAAACCAAACUUCGAUUCAAAUGCAAGCACUGUCCAAUGGUGCAGCUGCUGCACCCACGGAUACCAAGGUAGAAGCCAAGACAAAACAAGCGAUCCAGAUUGGGCGUGUAAAUGAGAUGGGGAAAGAAAUGCCAAAUGCUAUAAAACAAGUGCCUGAGGCUGCAACCCAUGCUUGUUCGGAACUUAAACCUGCUAUUUCAGUUGGUGCGUCGAAAGGCGAGGCUUAUCUGUCGGAUGGCCUGCCUGUGCUUGCCUUGCAAGAUUUAAACAGUCCGGUAACAAAAUUCUGAAGAAAGACGAGGCGGCCCAUUUGACCGAAAAGCUGUCAAGUGAUGCUGUUGAUGCAACUAACAAAGAUUUAUGAUCUGGGCUUCUGGCUAAUCAACUGACUGUUCCUCAAGGGAUCACAGGGCCUGAGAUUCCUAACCUGACCGCACAAGCCCUUGCAAAGAAGGAUUCUGAUUAAGCAAGUGAUUUUGGUUGUUGGUGCAGCUUCUGAGGGGCUCAAGAAUGUUGGAGAUUAAAGGCCUGGCCAAUGGAAGGCUCGUCUGGAAUCAAAUCCUGACCCAAACACAGCUGAUCAUGAUUGCUGACUGAGAUUUCAGAUUCUUAGACAUACGUAUAGAAGAUUAACAUCUGGUAUGUUGAAUACUGUAUUUAUCUGUCUCGAUUUCUUCCGAGAUCUUAAGAUAUGGCAUUAUCAUUAUCUUUCAAAUUGAGGACCCUUUUUAUUUGUCUACGGUAAUUAAACUUCUCUGUUUCAA